AUGACGGAAAUAAAAUACCCCUCAGGAUGUCGUCCGCUGACUGAGGACCUUGGAACAGACGAGCUUAUUCGUAGACUUAAGACCCUAGCUCAUGCAUUACAAGCCAUGGGGCAAGAUGAAAAACAUGUUCCUGAUUAUAUACAACUGGCAUUGUUGCUUGUGGAUGACUACUUCUUACAACAUCCAUCUCGAGAUGUGCAGCUUUUAGUUGCAUGCUGCAUCGCUGACAUUUUACGGGUGUUUGCGCCUGAAGCACCCUACAAAGAUCAAGACCAAAUUAAAGCUAUAUUUAUGUUUUUCAUUAAGCAACUGAACGGUCUUAAAGAUCCAAAAGAUGCCUCUUUUAAAAGAUACUUCUAUUUGUUGGAAAAUUUAGCAUUUGUAAAAUCGUUCAACAUGUGUUUUGAAAUUGAGGAUUGCCAAAAAAUUUUCUGUCAACUGUUUGCAAUGAUGUUUAAAAUAAUUAACGAUGAUCACAGCGCCAAAGUAAAAAAUUUCAUGAUCGAUAUAAUGAGUCCACUUAUCACGGAGGCUGACAAUUUGACUACACCUUUAUUAGACUUAAUUUUAAUUAACAUUGUAGAACCACAGAAAUCUGGUAAUGCUCAUGCAUAUCAUUUAGCGGAACAAUUAAUACAGAAGACAAGCUAUGCAUUGGAGCCAAUUAUAAAAAUCUUCUUUAACCAAGUGCUUAUUAUGGGUAAAAUCGAUAAAAAUAUAUCAAUUUCAACAAAAAUUUAUGAUCUCAUCUAUGAGCUCUAUCAAAUUAAUUCGAAUCUGAUGUGCUCUGUGCUGCCACAAUUGGAAUGUAAAUUGAAAUCAACAAAUGAAAAUGAGCGGAUGAGAGCCGUUUCCUUAUUGGCAAGAAUGUUUUCUGAAAAGGACUCCCAACUCUCUAAAAAGCAUACGGCUCUUUUGCGUAUGCUCCUAGGUCGUUUUUGCGAUAUUGCGCCAACGAUACGUGUUAAAUGUGUGCAAUCAUCAAUGCAUUUUUUACUCAAUCAUCCACAUUUGCGCAAAGACAUAAUCGAGUGUUUACAGGCACGUCAACACGAUUCUGAUGAAACAGUUCGCUAUGAAGUUGUAAUGGCUAUUGUUGCCACAGCUAAGAGAGAAUUCAAUAUCGUUUGUGAAUCUCAAGAUUUACUGCACAUAGUUCGUGAACGUACGUUAGACAAAAAAUUUAAAAUCCGCAAAGAAGCUAUGAAUGGUUUGGCAUUUAUCUACAAAAAAGUAAUGUGUGAACCCAAUGACCUCUCGACUGAAGUAAAGGAAUCUGUAAGUUGGGUUAAAAAUAAAAUAUUGCAUGGCUAUUAUAUGCCUGGAAUUGAGGAUCGACUGCUUGUUGAACGUUUACUUAUCACCUGCCUAGUGCCGUAUAAACUGCCUCCGGAUGAAAGAAUGAAAAAGUUAUACCUACUUUUGGGUACCCUUGAUGACAACGCUAUGAAAGCAUUUAUGGAAAUCCAAAAAAAUCAAAUGAAAACGCGUAAAACCGUUAGCGAUUGGAUAAAAAUGCAUCACACCAAAGAAAUUACAUUAAAAACGCAAAACCAACUUAACGUUAAGCAGGCCAUCAUUUGCAAAUUACUGCCAGAUCCCCUUAAGGCCACUGAGUUUAUUGCUAAAUUUAGCCUUAAUAUGCGGAAAGACGCAACCUUACUACGUUACAUGGAAAUAAUUUUGAAGCGCGAUGUUUCUUGUAAAGAAUGUGCUGACACGAUGUCCCUGCUGCUCAAGAAACUGGGAAACCCAAUGGCAGUUAAUGUGUACUACAACACCGUUAAAAUGUUGAUAGAGCGAAUCGCAUCCGUUAUGGUGGAUAAAGAAUCAAUCGGAAUUUUAAUUGGACUUAUUGACCAAUGCAUGCAACGGGGUAAAAUUGCAGAGGAAGUGGGUAUCGCCAAUGAGGAAGCCGGUGAACGUGGUCUUAAAUUUUUAUGUAUGCUUUCUUAUAUAUUUUCGGCGCAUUUUUUCACCGAUGAAACCUUAAAACACAUGAUCGCCUUACUGAGCCACGAAGAGGAUUAUGUCGCACCUCUUAUCCUAAAGGCUCUCGCCCAUUUAGGACGGUAUCAGCCGCUGUGUGACGUUAACCCAGAUAUAUUAGAAACUCUAGCUUCCAUUUGCAAAGAUUUUGCAUUGACUGGCACUGUCAAGCAGGCCAAAUACGCAGUGCGUUGCAUAUUCGUCAAUGUACAAACUCAACAGGCAGGCGCCGCGUGCGUCGAUACCAUUAGCCCACCAACAAAAACCCCCAUAGUGCAUCCGAUUUUCAAUGAGAUCAUAGAAGCUCUCCGUGUGACACUCUCCCCACAAGACCCCUACCAACAUACGAAAAUCAGUACGUUAGGUCACAUUGCCUACCACAUGCCACAAGCCUUCCUUACACCAGUGAAAAAUAUGAUUGCCCGUCGGGUCGUCAAAGAGUUGCUAAUUCAAGGAGUUUUGGAAACGCGAGACGUUGAACUGCCGGAAGGAGAUUGGUGUGAUAAGGAACUGUUGCCCACUGAAACACUUUGCAAGCUGGACGCCCUGAAAACGAUGGCACGCUGGUUAAUUGGCUUACGUUCAGAUGAACAUGCAGCACAGAAGACAUUUCGAAUGUUGGUCGCGUUCAUAAAUCAGCGUGGCGAUUUAUUAGAACAAAAUCGGUUGUGUCCCGCUGAGAAAUCUUGGUUAAGACUAAGCGCAGCGUGUGCCAUGCUAAAAAUUUGCGAACAAAAAGGAGUUGGCGAUCAAUACAACGCGGAACAGUAUUUCAAUUUAUCGCAAGUUAUGUGCGACCCAGUGCCUGAGGUACGUGACAUGUUCGCUCGGAAACUGCAUAAAGGCUUGGGAAAAGGGUUGCCAAAUAAAUGCUUACCAUUAGAUUUUAUGGGCUACUAUGCUCUGGCUGGACACGAAACUGACAAAAGGCAAUGUGAUACCAUUCGCAACUAUGUGGAAAUCGACGUGAAUAAGAGACGUGAAUAUCUCAAAACUAUAGCGACAUUGUCAACGGAAUGUAAAAAUGAUGCGCAGACCGCAUACAUUUUACCUGACUUCAUGUUAGCCUUUGCGAUACCUGUUCUCGCACAUGAUCCAGCCUUCACCGACCACGAAGAUCGUGCUCAGCUAAAACAAGUGGAGAAAUGCUUGCGGUUCAUUCUCGAACCGCUUAUGAUGAAGCGAGAGGCAUUCUCUCAUAGCUUCUAUACGAAUCUUAUACAGAUGAUGAAAAACCAUCAGGACACCACACCGAAUGCGCAAGAUAACUCCUAUAAUUUUAAAAUGUGGGCGGCUUGCGAUCUAGCCCUUUACAUAAUCAACUCGAAAAUCGGUGAUGGCAGUGCACCGUCGAAUUCCUUUUCUGUGCAAAUUCAAUUACCAGAGAUGUAUUAUAAGCCUUUAGAUAUGCCGAGCGACAAUACAAAGGUUUACAUACCCCUGGAUAUGUAUACACUCUCAUCUGGUCCAAUAACCACAGCGUCGAAAUUAUCUUCAACAACCUCAGGGUCAAUAAGUAAAAAAAUAGCUAAUUCCGCAGCUAGCAGUACGAGUGUGACACUGCGCCUUGUCGGCGAGAAACGCUCGAACGAACCUUUAGCCAGCAAUGAAAAUUCCCCCACUAAUGCGCAGAAUAACUCUGUUACAUAUGAGGAAAGCAAAUCGGAAUCGAAUAGUAGUAUAGCUGAGCCUCCUACUAAGCGAACACGUGGACCGUUGCGUGCAGGAAAAACAGUCUCAUAAAAAUCAAAUCAAUGUCGUGGUUAAAGCAGCCAGACGUCCAUAUAAACAUCCCUCCUAAACUGGCAAAAGGUCUUGGAGCUCACAUACGUACUAUGCAGGGAAACGUAUCACACGUACAUAUAACAUACAUACUUAUGCGUUGCACUUUGUAGCGGAAUCUGUACAUUUUUAAAUGAUAAAACCAACCUAUUUAAUCUUUACUAGUAGGUGAAUUUUUAUUUUCCAAACACUUCGUUAGCGUUUGAGCGUAUGUGUCUGUGUAGCGAAGGCACAAGCACAGACGCUGGAAGUUCGCUUGACGAGUCUACCGCUUGUCGGUUUAAUUUUUUUACACCUGGGCAUCUUGGCCGUCUUAUAAUGUUGAUUUCUGUUAAAGCCAAGUUUCAUUUCAUUGUCCAGGUCUAUUGUUAUUCCUCAUUAUUAAUUACAAUUACACAAAGAACCCAUACUAAG